CUCCGUUCUGAGCACGAAAAAUGUCAUUUACAAAUAUCCUUUCAAAUCCCACAGGCGGCAAUUCUCCGACAGACUAUACGAAAAAGGCAGAGGAGAGGAACUUAACUAUUUUCUUAGGCUUAUCCAGACAGUCCAAUACCGUGAGAAAUAAUGCUUAAAGUCGUAGAAAAGAUAAUUCAACUGUUGCGGCCCAGGAUAUGUCAAUUCACGCAGUCCAAUAAAAACAUAUCCAAGCAUUUGUAUGAGAAGGCAAGAGCGGAGGAGAAUAUUCAUUUCCUUAAACUGCAAAGAGAGCAGCUGAAGUCCCUGCGAGAGAAGAUUCUCAGCCAGAAGAACGAAGUCACGACGAGGAUCAUUAAAGUGGAUCAACAGAUACAAUCGUUGGAAAAAUCUAAAACAGAAGAUAAUUCGAAUACAUAAAAAAAAUUCAUGGUGCAUUCAAGGCAAACAUUAGAACCAUAAUGGAAAUUAAAUAGUGUG